GGGACACAGCCUGCCACAAGUUAGUUGUAUUUAUACAAAGCUGUUAUAUGAAAAUUCCGUAAACUAGUCAAAUCUUUUGCAGUGAUACGUAAAAUGGGUCAAGUGAACCCAGAAAUACUUAAUAGCGACGUAGCGAGCCACAAUUGAAUAGAGUAUGAAAUAUUGGAAAAUUCAACUAAUGUCAAUUUUACAAAGAUAUGCGUUACCAGCAGUACUCAAUCUACGAUGUAACCAGGAUUAGUAACAUACAUGAGUUGCGAAGACUACAAUGACGCUUGAUUCAAGCAGAGAAGUACUUGUCAAACCAUCCAAUGUAUUUUUUCAUCGAUCUGAUAAGGGGAAUUUCAACACAUGCGAGGUUUUAAUAGUGAACAAAUCGGCUCGAACACUGCGUUUUAAAGUUUUGUCUACUGCUCGGUCCAGAUACACACUGUCAACUUGUAAGGGCUUACUAAAAUCUGGGGAGUUUGUCAAGACGGAUAUUUCGGUCUCGAGAAUCCCAGUGAAUGAUGACGUUGCCAAGGAUUUUUUCAAGGUUCAGUUCUUCGACUCCAUUGACGGUUCCGCCUUUUGUGAACACUACAUAUGUUCAACCAUUUCACGUAAUCCAUCUCAAAAUGUUACCAGUCGUGAUUCAGAUUCGUGCAGCACUUGGCCAAGUCGUUACCAUGAUGUGGGAUUGUCUGUUGCCAGUCUGCGUGCAGCGUCUUUAUCACGCGCAAUUGGAGAUUUAGUUGGGUCUGAAAAGCACUCAGUGAAUUCAAAGGCCUAUUUGUCAGUGGAUCGUGCAAAAAGUUUGGUUUUUCCAAACUUUUCAUCCACGAUGAAGGUACAGAAAACCAUAACAAAUCCGAAUACGCUAAAAAUUGGCCAUGUCAAUAAUGCUAGUGAAACAGCAAACAGUAAAACUGGCGUUUUACUCCUAUAUGAUCUAUUUUACAGUUUUUUAUUUCUAUUAAGUUUGUUAGUUUGUUUAUUUGGCAUAUUACUACCAUUUCUUCCGUAUGAUAGUAAAUUAUGGUUGUUGUCAAAAAUUCUACGUGAAUCACCAAAAUCAGAUUAUCCUGCCAGUAUGCCUAAUUCACUAGCAUUUCCGUAUCAUGCGCAAAAAGCCUAUAGUUAUGCAAAGUUUUAUAAACAAACGCCUAGCAAUGAUGCUACAUAUUCAUCGACUACUACAGAAUGUCCUGCAGGUGAUAAUCUAUCAAAGGAUGAAUUCAAUCGUCAGACUCAUUUGGCUUUUGUUGCGUUUAAAGCAGCUUUUCAUAGUAUUUGCAAAGCAUUGAUUGCUUUGGAUCCAUCAGUUGCAAUUGCCAAUAUGUCAUGGUUUUGUCUCGGUUUAUUAAUCAUGUAUCGUUGGACAAAAAGGCGUUAAGUUUGAAAAAGAAAUAUGCCAACCAUAAUGCCUCCUGCAAAAACAGACUUAGAGUUAGUUGUUGAGCUAAAAAUGCUGUAUUCUUUGUUGAUUUGUUUAAUUAUUCGUUUAAUGGUGAUUAUUGUAAUUAAAUUUGCGUGUGCGUGCGUGUGUGUGUGUGUGUGUGUGUGUGGGAUGCGUGAGGAUAACGACCCCAUCACAAGCUUAAAGCUCUGCAUUCCACUCGGAACGCAAAAAGAAAAAAACGAUAUCGUUGUUGUAUAUUCACAAGGGUUUAUUUUACUCACUGUUCUUUCUUUCUUUUUAUCCCUUUCUGUUUACUCUUUUGUUCAUUUAAAUGAUUUUAAAGUUCUUUAAUUAAUUAACUUCAAACCUGUUUGUUUUUGUUUUGAAAAGUGAAAUCUUGUUGUACACAAUCUUUUCAUUUAUUUUACUGAAAAAUGUAUGUUCAUCAGUAUGUUUUCAGAUUUUGUCUGUGUCUGUCUCUGUCUGACAUUUCACAUGAGAGAGAGAGAGAGAGAUACUACUAAUCAUCAUUUUACCGUUGCCUUUUUGUUGUUUUUUUAUCAGAGAAAAAUUGUGUACACAGAAUAAAACCCACCUAACUAGCUGGACACAUUUUUGUGUUUAUCGUGUUUUCCUCUCUUGACAACAGUUAUAAGUAGUCAGGCUCUCUCUCCCUCUCUCUCUCUAUAUAUAUAUAUAUAUAUAUAU